CGCUCGGUUCGCUCGGCUGGCAGUGCUGGCACAUCCGUUGGAACUUUCAAAUUAGACAGCGUACGUACGCACGCGGUCGAGGGAAGCUUCUCGGAGAGCUUACCGUGUCGUUCGAACGAAUCCAGCGUUUCUGAAUUGGAGUUGUUACCGCUGACACCAUCGCGGAAUCCGAGGAACGCGAUGCCGCACAACAUUUAUUAUUCCGACAAGUACUACGACGAUAAAUUCGAAUAUAGGCAUGUGGUUUUACCAAAAGAAAUGGUGAAGCUGGUGCCAAGAACUCACUUGCUGUCCGAGCAAGAAUGGAGAGCUAUUGGGAUCCAACAAAGUCAAGGAUGGGUGCACUAUAUGAUUCAUGAUCCCGAACCACAUAUUUUGCUAUUCAAGAGGAAAAUAACGACGCCUCUAGAGCUGAGAGGGAAAGAGAAUUAAACGAAGCGAAGUUGUAUCGUCUUGUAAAUAACAAUUUAGAUCAUGUUCAUAUUUAUAGUGGAACAUAUUUACGAUCGUAUCUCAUCACUUCCUGUUUUUCUCUCUCGGUCUCGAUAGCGAAAUCGAUGCGCUAUGUAACAUCAAAUUUGCUUUCUAAAAGUUUAAUUGAAAAAAAAUCGCGAACUAAUCUUUAAUAAAA